GGCUUUUGUUGAAGUGUCAACUAGCAGCAUUUAUAUAUGAAAGUGUUUCGCUUCGUCUUGUCGAAAAAGAAAGAGAAUUAAACCGGCAUUGAAAAUUAAUUCAUUGGUCUAAACAAAUUGGAAAAUCGAUAUUUUAAUUCGUGGUUCGAUUGUUGGUGCUAAGAAAAUUGUGUCCAGUGCAUAAAACACCGACGAAAUUCUUGACUUUUUGAGGGAAAUUGAGAAGGCUGCAACAUGGAUUCAGAUCUCUAUGAUGAAUUUGGCAAUUACAUUGGUCCCGAUUUAGAGAGUGAUGAUGAUGACGAUCAGAGUAUCUAUGGCCAAGAGCCACAAGAUGAUGUGGAUGAUGAUGCCAUGGAUGAAGACGACGAUAAUGUAGUUGAUGACGAAAAGGCAUCACGAGCGGUUGUUUUGCAUGAAGAUAAGAAAUAUUAUCCAACGGCACUUGAGGUGUACGGUCCCGAUGUUGAGACAAUCGUUCAAGAAGAAGAUGCACAACCGCUGGACAAACCGCUCAUUGAGCCCGUGAAGAAGAUGAAGUUCCAGCUGAAAGAACAAAAUUUACCGGACACAACAUAUGAAAUGGAAUUCUUGGCUGAUUUGAUGGAUACUCCAACACUGAUUCGGAAUGUGGCUCUGGUUGGUCACUUGCACCAUGGCAAAACCACAUUCGUCGAUUGUCUUAUUCGCCAAACACAUCCACAAUUCGAAAACAACGAAGAAAGAGCAUUGCGAUAUACAGACACAUUGUUCACAGAACAAGAACGCGGUGUGAGCAUUAAAUCAACACCAGUCACGCUGGUGUUGCAGGACGUCAAGGCAAAAAGCUACUUGAUGAACAUAUUUGAUACACCCGGCCAUGUGAAUUUUUCCGAUGAAACCACCGCAUCGAUGCGACUCACUGACGGUAUCGUAUUGUUUGUGGAUGCUGCCGAAGGUGUCAUGUUGAAUACGGAACGAUUGCUCAAACAUGCCGUUCAGGAAAAACAAGCCAUCACCCUUUGCAUUAAUAAGAUUGAUCGCCUGAUUUUGGAAUUGAAAUUGCCACCUCAAGAUGCAUACUUCAAAUUGAAGCACAUUAUCGAAGAAGUAAAUAGUAUUUUAAGCACCUAUUCAACAGAGGAGACACCAUUGGUGAUGUCGCCUGUAUUGGGCAAUGUUUGCUUUGCCAGUUCAUUGUAUGGCAUUUGCUUUACAUUGAAAUCGUUUGCUAAACUCUAUACAGACACCUAUCCAUCGGUGAACUACAGUGAUUUUGCCAAACGUUUAUGGGGUGACGUUUACUUCCAACCAAAAACGCGUAAAUUCACAAAGAAACCACCACACAAUUCGGCACAACGCAGUUUUGUUGAAUUCAUCCUUGAGCCGCUGUACAAGCUAUUCGCUCAGGUUGUUGGUGACGUUGACGCUGCACUCCUUGAUACUUUGUCUGAGCUGGAGAUUCGUGUGACGAAAGAAGAAAUGAAGUGUAACAUUCGGCCGCUGCUACGUUUGAUUUGCAAUCGAUUCAUUGGCGAUUUUAGUGGUUUCGUUCAAAUGUGCGUGGAGCACAUACAAUCGCCACUGGAUAAUGCGCGAAACAAAGUGGAUCAUGUGUACACCGGUCCAAAAUAUGGCACCAUGUACGAUGGUAUGGUCAAUUGUGAUCAGCAUGGUGCGUUGAUGGUUCACAGCUCAAAAAUGUAUCCAACGGAUGAUUGCACUUUCUUUCAAGUUUUAGCUCGUGUCAUGAGUGGAACACUGUAUGCCGGUCAGGAGGUUCGAGUGUUGGGUGAGAAUUAUUCGCUAAUGGAUGAAGAAGACUCACGUGUACUGCAAGUUGGACGACUUUGGAUCUAUGAAGCCCGCUACAAAGUGGAAUUGAAUCGUGUACCGGUUGGCAACUGGGUACUGAUCGAAGGUAUCGAUCAAUGCAUUGUGAAAACUUCAACCAUAACCGAAGCACAGAACAGUGAAGAGUUGUACAUUUUCCGACCGCUUAAAUUCAACACACAAAGUAUCAUUAAAAUCGCCGUUGAACCGGUUAACCCAUCAGAAUUGCCAAAAAUGUUGGACGGUCUACGUAAAGUUAACAAAUCGUAUCCACUACUAUCGACACGAGUCGAAGAGUCUGGCGAACAUGUUAUUCUUGGAACUGGAGAAUUGUAUUUAGAUUGUGUUAUGCACGAUUUACGAAAGAUGUAUUCUGAAAUCGACAUCAAAGUGGCCGACCCAGUGGUUGCAUUCUGUGAAACAGUUGUCGAAACCAGUUCGUUGAAAUGUUUCGCCGAAACGCCAAACAAAAAGAAUAAAAUCACAAUGAUUGCCGAACCAUUGGAAAAGGGUUUGGCCGAAGAUAUUGAAAAUGAGGUCGUAUCAAUUGGUUGGAAUAAGAAACGUUUGGGCGAAUUUUUCCAAGUGAACUACGAUUGGGAUUUGCUCGCCGCACGUUCGAUUUGGGCAUUUGGUCCAGAUAAUGCCGGUCCAAAUAUUUUGGUUGAUGACACACUGCCGUCUGAAGUGGAUAAAAACCUGUUGGGUGCUGUUAAGGAUUCGAUUGUACAAGGCUUCCAGUGGGGAACACGUGAAGGUCCACUGUGCGAAGAGCCAAUUCGAAAUGUUAAAUUUAAGAUUUUGGAUGCAGUUAUUGCAAAUGAACCGCUGCAUCGUGGUGGUGGCCAAGUCAUUCCAACCGCUCGUCGUGUUGCCUAUUCAGCGUUUCUGAUGGCCACACCUAGAUUAAUGGAACCGUAUAAUUUUGUCGAAGUACAAGCGCCGGCCGAUUGUGUUUCAGCCGUUUAUACAGUGCUGGCACGUCGCAGAGGUCAUGUGACACAGGAUGCACCCAUCUCGGGAUCACCAUUGUACGUAAUCAAAGCAUUCAUUCCCGCCAUCGAUUCAUUUGGAUUUGAAACCGAUCUCCGAACGCACACCCAAGGACAAGCCUUCUGCUUAUCCGUAUUUCAUCACUGGCAGAUCGUUCCUGGUGAUCCACUGGAUAAGGGCAUCAUAAUUCGACCACUCGAACCACAGCCAGCCACACAUUUGGCACGAGAGUUCAUGAUAAAGACACGACGACGAAAAGGCUUAUCAGAAGAUGUGUCUAUCAACAAAUUCUUCGACGAUCCUAUGUUGCUUGAGUUGGCCAGACAAGAUGUUCUACUCAAUUAUCCAUUAUAAUAUGUUUAAUAUUCUUCAACUUUCAAUUUGAAAAUGAAUUUUUAUUUGGUUUUAAUAAGACUCGAAAGAAAAUCCACCAUUGAACUAUAAAUAAAAUAUUCUUUUGCAAAUAA